CCCCGUCCGCCGGCCCUGGCCCGGUCUCGCCUCGCCACCACCGCCAGCAGCCGCAGCAGCGGAGGCAGCGGCGCGCCCCGCCACCAUGAAGGUGACCGUGGACUUCGAGGAGUGUCUGAAGGACUCGCCGCGCUUCAGGGCAGCUUUAGAAGAGGUAGAAGGAGAUGUGACGGAGCUGGAACUGAAACUUGACAAGCUGGUGAAGCUUUGCAUUGCAAUGAUUGAUACUGGGAAAGCAUUUUGUACAGCCAACAAGCAGUUCAUGAAUGGAAUUCGAGACCUUGCACAAUAUUCCUGUAAAGAUCCAUUGGUUGAGACCAAUUUGAUGAAGUUCUCUGACACCUUACAGGAAAUGAUCAAUUAUCAUAAUAUUCUAUUUGACCAAAUCCAAAGAUCAAUUAAAACACAGCUUCAGACCUUUGUUAAAGAAGAUAUUAGGAAAUUCAAAGAUGCAAAGAAACAGUUUGAAAAAGUGAGUGAAGAAAAGGAGAAUGCUCUGGUGAAAAAUGCCCAAGUUCAAAGAAAUAAGCAACAUGAGGUAGAGGAAGCCACCAAUAUUUUGACUGCAACACGGAAGUGUUUUCGACACAUAGCUCUGGAUUAUGUUCUUCAGAUCAAUGUUCUUCAAUCAAAAAGGAGAGCAGAAAUCUUAAAAUCGAUGUUAUCAUUUAUGUAUGCACAUCUGGCUUUUUUCCAUCAAGGCUAUGAUCUGUUUAGUGAACUUGAGCCCUACAUGAAAGAGCUUGGUGCACAGCUGGAUCAGUUGGCUGUAGAUGCUGCAAAGGAGAAGAGAGAUAUGGAGCAAAAGCACUCCACUAUUCAACAAAAGGCUGCUUUACAGGAUUAUUCCAGUGAUGAUGCUAAACUAGAAUACAAUGUAGAUGCAGCCAAUGGCAUUGUUAUGGAAGGUUAUUUAUUCAAGCGAGCCAGCAAUGCCUUCAAGACUUGGAACAGGCGCUGGUUCUCAAUACAAAAUAACCAACUUGUGUACCAGAAGAAGUUUAAGGAUAAUCCCACAGUAGUUGUUGAAGACUUGCGGCUCUGCACAGUUAAACACUGUGAAGACAUAGAAAGACGUUUCUGUUUUGAGGUGGUUUCUCCAACAAAGAGCUGCAUGCUUCAGGCCGACUCGGAAAAGCUGCGGCAGGCAUGGAUUAAGGCUGUUCAGACCAGUAUUGCCACAGCAUAUAGAGAAAAAGGGGAUGAAUCUGAGAAACAGGAAAAGAAAUCAUCCCCUUCUACUGGGAGCCUAGAAUCUGGGAGUGAGACAAAAGAGAAGCUGUUGAAAGGAGAGAGUGCUCUGCAGCGAGUCCAGUGCAUUGCUGGUAAUGCUGCCUGCUGUGACUGUGGUUUGGCAGAUCCUCGCUGGGCCAGCAUCAACCUGGGAAUCACACUGUGCAUCGAGUGCUCUGGGAUACACAGGAGCUUGGGAGUCCACUUUUCAAAAGUAAGAUCUUUAACGUUGGAUUCAUGGGAACCUGAACUACUAAAGCUUAUGUGUGAAUUGGGAAACGAUGUUAUAAAUAGAAUAUAUGAAGCAAAGUUGGAAAAAGUGGGAGUAAAGAAGCCACAAUCUGGAAGUCAAAGGCAGGAGAAGGAGGCAUACAUCAGAGCAAAAUAUGUGGAAAGAAAGUUUGUAGAGAAGCAAGCUGCAUCAGUACCUCUGCCUGAGCCUGGAACAAAAGUUUUGCCUCAAAUUCAGGAAGAGAAAAGGCACAGUGGCCCUGAAAAAUCUCUUUUGGCAGGGGGACAAGGUGCAGCAUCCCAAAAAGCGGUUGCUGUAAGUAGCGACGAGGCGAGGCGGGAGUCUCUGUUCUGUCCUGAUGAGCUUGAUUCACUCUUCUCCUACUUUGAUACCUCUUCAAAACUCCGUAGUAUCCGAAGCAGUGACAGUGGGAUCCAGCCAAGCACUGAUGACAGCAGAGAACACCUUGCCUCUACUAUAUCAGCCAACAGUUUGUAUGAACCAGAAGGAGACAAGCAAGAGUCUCCAGUUUUCUGUGACUCCAAGCAGUCUAGUCCAGGAUUGCAGUUGUAUCAAGCUGCCUUUGAGAAAAAUCUUCCUCACAUGGCAGAAGCAUUGGCUCAUGGAGCUGAAGUAAAUUGGGUCAACAUGGAAGAAAACAAAGCAACACCACUGAUUCAGGCAGUGCGAGGGGGUUCACUGGUUACUUGUGAAUUUUUGCUGCAGAAUGGGGCCAACGUGAACAUCAGAGACAUGAAAGGAAGGGGGCCCCUGCACCAUGCCACAGUUCUAGGACACACUGGACAAGUGUGCUUAUUCCUAAAACGAGGAGCAAACCAGCAUGCCACUGAUGAAGACGGGAAAGAUCCAUUGAGUAUAGCAGUGGAAGCUGCAAAUGCAGAUAUUGUUACACUGUUGCGUUUAGCAAGGAUGAAUGAAGAAAUGCGUGAAUCAGAAGGACUCUAUGGGCAGCCAGGAGAUGAAAUUUAUCAGGACAUUUUUCGUGACUUUUCUCAAAUGGCAUCAAAUAAUCCAGAGAAGUUAAACCGCUUCCAGCAGUCAGAUUCCCAGAAGUCUUAAGUGUCAAGAAGGAAAAGAACCUGAAGCUUAUAGUGCAAGUCUUUUUUUACUUUAACAGAAUGAAUUGUAUGCAUUUUGUUAGAUAGUUUGGAUAAAAUGACCACUCCAAUGUAGCU